AUGGAAGCAGAUUUCGCAGAUUUACUGGCACAGUGGCUAAUACGCAGGCAAGGACAGGGAAUUGAAGGUUUUUACGAGACAGGAAUAUGGGCAGAUAUGCAACAUAUGGUAGACCAAUUUCUUACCUAUAUGGAAAACGAUCAUGACACACUGGUGACAUCGUGUAAUGAUGCAGGAUGGUGGAAGGAACAAAUCAUAAAUUGGCAUAAUGAUGACGACAAAGUUGUAUGCAAAAUGAUGGUGCCGGCAUUAUUUUUCAUGAAUGGAUGGGUGCUGGGUGCACAUAGGGAACACCAUGCUUCGGCCGCAGGAACCCCAUUACACACAUAUAUACGGUGCAUAAUUGCGAAUGUAUUUAUGUUUCAGUUAAUGAAAGCAAACUGUGGGAGAAAUCACGGUAUACGACAGGCCUUGCACAUAUUAGACCACUUUAUGGCCAGUGUGCCUAAUGCUGUUAAUCUUAACAUGUGUACCUGGGUGGUUAAUAAUGAGCUGAAAGUAGGAGGAAAAGUAAUAGGCGCAGAAUUUGAUGAAUGGAUAAUGGGGAAUGAAAAAAUGAAGGCCAAGAUGAAACAGUUACAGCAACGUGUAAAAUGCAAAAGAACGGGGAAACAGACAUCUGACCACUGGAAGCGACGUAUGGAAUUAUUGAAAGCAGGACACUUGCGGAAAGCAAUGGAGACCGGAAUGACGCGUAUAUUAAGGAAAGUACGGAAGAAAGUAGAGACACUACGGGGGCCCGUUCCUUCCGACGACGACGAUGAGGACGACGACGAUGAGGAGGAGGAAGGUGAAGAGGAAGAGGAGGAGGACGACGCGAAUGGUAAGCACAGUACAGGAGCAGCGUUCUACUCAUACGGGCACUAA